CAGAACAUCUGUCCCAGGAUCCUCCAGUGGUCCUUCUCCUUCUGAAGCAGCUGCAAAUCUAAUUUGUGCAGACAUGACAGCUGAGACGGAAGAAAAGAAGAAAGGGGUUUUCAGGGAACCAGAUCAGUGUUUUGGGAUUGCAACAUCUGUUGUAAUAUUAGGUUUGGUCUGGUGUUUAUUGUUGGUCAUCUUGACGGCAACAGGACAUUUUUUAGACAGCCAAAACUUUGAAUGUUUGGACAAUGAAGAGAAUUUUGUUGCAUCAAGGCUGACAAGCGAGGCAAGACUUGUGUAUAUAUGGUCAGGACUCAGUCUGCCAUUCUGUAUCCUGCUGCUGGUGGAAAUUUGGAGAAAGAAGGGCUUCUAUUUUACAGCAACAAUGGCUACAGUCACUGUUCUGUUUGUGGUUAUGAUCUCAACUUUGAUGGUAUUGAAGAAAGAAGAGGCUCAGGAGAUAAAAAACUUAGAGGGACGCUACUUGCGCUUAAUUCCUCUGGGAAAUCAAAGUAACCCACAAACCUGGUUGGCUGACACAUCCUGCCAUGCACUAGACAAUGUGUACCACUGGCAGGCUAAGUUUAAGUGUUGUGGACUCCAAGGCUACCAAGACUGGAAACCAUCAAUCCCAGAGUCCUGUUUGUGUGACACAGAGGCCAACAGCACAACAUGUGUUGCAGUUGGAGAUAGCCUGGUGUAUGAAAAGCCUUGUCUCCCAAUCGUCUUAUCCAUUGCAAAGAAACGCAGCUCAACCUUUUGGAUCAUCAUGAUAUUUUGGAUUUGCUGUACUGCUUUACCUAUUGCCUUCUUGGGGAUGAUGGUCAUGGGCUUGUUUUGCUACAUUUUUUAUGAGACUUGCAUCAGUGAAUGUUGCUAUGAUAUAAACGACUGCAUUUACAAAAUGCGAGGAGGAGAGGAAAUGGUUCCAGUCGUGUUCAUUAGGAAAAACAAUAACAAUGACAUAGAGGAGGAACAAGGCGAUAAAGAAGAAGCUGAAACAAGAGGCACGGAGGAAAAUGUAGUCUUGGAGAUUGAAUAUGAUGAUAAUCCAGUGAGAAUGAUUCCUGUGUCACAACUGAGGAAGCUACAGGAAGAGCUUGAUCCCCCUCCUGUCCAACAUCAGGUCCAAUGCUUGUGUAUAAUUGCCAGUAAACCCAAGCCCUUCUACACGAUUCUGAUAGAUGAAGAUUCACCACUAUUACCAGAGGGUGCUGUGCUGGUUGAUGCAAACAAACCCACCAGAAUAUGUCUUUGGGCGGUGAGACAUCAUGUCUUCGAUGUUGAAAAGUUUGUUUGGCCUAAAGAGGAAACCCCAGUUAUCUCUUAAUGACUUUGAGUAAUUGAUUCAUGCUUUUAAUUAUACACUGAUUUUUAAUAGAGCUAAAACUCAUUUUUAGGUUUUGACUUUUGAUUCAGCGUGAGCAUUGUGUGAUCUUUGUCCUUAUAUGUCUUUAUUUUCUUAAUCCUUGUGUUUUUAUGGCUCUCAUUUGUUUACAAAUUGUAUUUUUUUAUUCCUUUUAUUGACUUUAUGGUGUCCUUUAUUUGCUUUUAUAUCUUCCUCCUGAUGUUUUUAUUUCUGCGUUUGUGUUCUAUUUUUGUGUUUUUACUUUGGUAAACAUUAUUUCUAAAAUGUGCUAUAGAAAUAAAGUGAAUUGGAUUGGGUUAAAGUCUUAUUGGCUAAUUUUUCAUAGAUUCAUCUAAAUGCUAUUUUGAUGUAUGUCUGCCUACCAGUUUAGUUCCAACUGUCUCAUUAAGUGCUGGUUGAGACUGCUGUGAAUUGUCAUAUGGACUACACUUUGACCUUUUCCUCUUUCCUGAAGAUGACAUUUUUAAUGUUAGCUGAGUUAUCUCAACAGCUAAAAGGAUUGUCCUGAAUUUAGAUACAGAUGUUCUUGAACAAUGGAUUGUUUAUUCUUCUUUAUCCUUCUUGUUUAUUUUACCUGAGGUC